AUGCAUUUCUUCGCGUCUAAAAACGUUUCAAGCCCUUUCCUGUGGACAAAGCCUUACCAGGUCCAGAAAGGACCCUUCCUUGGCAUUCUACUGCCUCUCUUCAAAGAAAACAGAGACAGACUGACAGAAGCACUGCACAAUUUUAGUGAAAAGUACCAGUGUACAUGGGGUGGCCCAUUGCCUCAUAUUGGAGCCAUGAGUGGCUCCUUCUUUUGCACUGUUGAAGCAAAGAACAUCGAGCAUGAGAUGGUAUUCGAAGUUUGUUUGGAAUGGGAAAUGGGAUCCUUGUGGCUGACGGACCAGCCAACUUGGUAUCGCCACAGAAAGAUUGCUUCCCGCAUGUUCUCUACUAACCUACUACGAGAGGGUUCCAAAGUCACAUUGAAGAAGGUGAAAGAGCUUUCAGCUCUCCUGAAUGUUGCCUCGAGCACUGGACAGGAGGUUGACUUCCAAGAUUUCUUCUUUCGCAUGACCUUGGAUAUCACAUGUGUUCUGUCAUUUGGGUUAGAAUAUGGGAGCCUCCAGAACAAAACACAGCAUCCUUUUACCCUAGCAUUUAACGAAAUGCAGCAACUCUUGGUUGAACGAAUCACAGAUCCUUUGUUUGAGCUAAAACGUUUCUUCAAUGUGACCAAAAGAGAAAAAAGGAUUGGUGAGCUCAAGGUCAUCCUUGAUGAGCAUGCCAAGGAAAUCAUCCAGGGACGAAGACGCACAGCCGAGGACGGGAAACUUGGUCCAGACAUUCUUAGUCGAUUCAUCGAUUAUGCCACCAAACAUAAUGAAGAUGUUAAAAGAGGCAAUGGCGUCUGUGGCAGGAUUGAUGGUGACAACGAUGGAGAUUACUCAUUCAACACAAUUCAAAAGCUGCAAUACAUGGAUGCCAUUGUGAUGGAGGUUCUUCGAUUCCAUCCUUCUGUUCCUGUGACACUCAAAUAUGCCAUCAAUGAUGAUGUCCUACCUGAUGGGACCUUUAUUCCCAAAGGAGCCAUGAUGGCAUUGCCGCCUUUUGAUGUUGGAAGGAGCUGUCAGGUUUGGGGCAGUGAUGCUGGUGAGUUCAAACCUACCCGGUUCUUGAACCAGAAGAAUCAAACUGCAUCCAAAUACUCUACCUUCCAUGCAGGGAAAAGUUUUUGUUUAGGGAAACCCAUGGCCCUCAACACCAUGAAGUUGACACUGGCCUAG